UAGUUACAUGAGUAUUUGGAAGAUAAGUCAGAUUGAAAGAAUUUUGUAUAUACGUAGGAGAUAAGUUGUUAAGAGUUUUAUACACUAAGAAAACGUUUAUUGUGAAAAUUAUAUCAGUAAGUAUAUUUAGAGUAUCAAAGAGUGGUUGAGAGUGGGCAUAGUAAUCAGAAAAAGUUAUGAGGGGAACUGCAGAUUUUUGUAGUUUAAAAAUACGAGAGUUGAGUGGAAGAUUUUGACCCCAGACUUGAGUUGCAAAUGAUAGAUGAGAGUGAGAAAGGGCAAAAUAUACAGUGCGUAGGGUUUUCCAAGAUAAGUAAUAACGUAAUUUUAAGAGAAUACCAUUGGCUCUAAGAAGUUUAAGAGCAAAGGUGUUAUAAUGAUAGAACCAGCUUAAAUGUUCAUUCAAGUAAACCCCUUUAAUGAUAAAUGUAUAGGGGGAUAUCUAACUUGAGGUGGGGAUGAAAUAUAAAUGGGCAAAAAAGAAGUGGAUUGACACUAUGGCAGUUGUGCUUAGAGCUUGCUUUUAUGUAGAAAAAUAUAACAAUGGUUUUGCAGAAAUUUCACGUUUUAAAAGUGAAAGAAGGACGAGAGACUGUUUUUAUCAAAGAGAUUGGUUAUGCCAAGGGGCAAUUUAAGGAGGAUGUGAGACGUUAUGCUAAUGGCUUACUGAACUCACAUGGUGGAGUCAUAUAUUUUGGUGUUAAUAGCUGUGGUCAAGUGCUCGGUAGCAGAAUUUCACGUAAAGAUGAGGAUGAUUACCGUUUGGCUGUUGAUCAUGUGUUUGGAUCUUUUCAACCAUUUGUUACUGCUAGCCAUUACAGGUUAUCCUUCUUAGAAGUGAAAGAUGGUUCAAGAACGAACACUAUCAUUGAACUUAAAGUUUCUGUUGGUGAGAUUGGUGAAAUCUACGAAAACGGAUGUUUAAAGGUUUAUCUGGUCGAUGCUGGGAGUUUGAUUGGACCACUUUUUCCACAAGAGCUGAAAGAGUUGAUUUUGUUAAAGUAUAAAGAGUCUUUAGAGGGCGCUGAGCAAGCUGCUAGAUUCGCCACUCCCAAUUUAGCGGUUGCACGUGAAAAAGCCAAAAAGAAGUCUGAGGCUGAUAAGCUAAGAAUCAACAGAGGUUUGGAAAAAAUCAUUGAAGAAGAACACGAAUCGAAGAGAUCGCCUCUCAAGUCGCAAGUUUCAAGCCAAGCUGUUAAGCCAGUUCCUCUGAUAAAGGGACGAAAUACCAUCAAAUACACCUGUGAUUUUUUUUGAAAAGUUAGACAUAAAGAAGAGAUGGAAAAUGUUUUGUCUAAAGGAAGAGUGGAAUUUUGUACCAGCAAUGCCCGUACUUUCCUCCGAUGAGAAGCGAUUGAUAUACAGAAAAUUUAGUUGCGUUCAAUAUCCCAUUAUCCGUACUCGCGAAGAAACUUUGUCUGUUUUUAAACAAAUUUAUUUCCAACGUAUUAAGAAAAUUAAAAACAUUGAAUUUUUUAAAUUUAUCUACACGAAAAAAACGAAGUAUAUAUAGUCGAAGUAUGGUGUUGGUUUUCCCCCAAAAAUAAGACUGUAGUAAUGCUCCGAAUUUAACCGUAACCCGGGUGAAAGAAAGUUGAAUAUGUGAGGGAGUCCUAAUAAAUGACCCGUGGGGAAUUUUGAAAUCGGAUCCAUAAAACGCGUUAAGAGUCAAUAUGUUAGUCGGGUGAUGGGAUGGGAGGUAAGUUUUUAAAGUGACUAUUUUGACUUUGUAUAUAUUUUUAAUUGUAUUGGUAUAUUUAUAACCUUUUUUCGCGUAGCACGUAAAAAAAAUUUAAAAGAGGAAAUAAAAAUAUAUUUUGAUUAA